AUGGAUGUGCUGGAGAAGAAAACGCUCAAGGUCACACGGGGCUUCACCUAUACCUACUACACCAGCCCCGCAAAGGAUGGUCGCCCUACAUUGCUCUUGAUCCAUGGGUUCCCAGACGCCCCGGAUACCUAUGAGGACGCGAUCCGAGACUAUUUGCUCCCCAAUGGGUACGGUGUGAUUGCUGUAGACUGCUUGGGCUACAAUGGCACCUCCAAGCCCACGGACAUGGAAUCGUACAAUAUGCAGCUGAUGACCCAAGACCUCAAGGAGAUCGUUGACAAGGAGGGUCUCGACAAGGUCAUUUCCGUCGGUCAUGACUGGGCAAGUAUUCCCUGCAAUGCCCUUCUCUGCAGACCGAAUAUUUCUCGUCUUUUACUUUCCUCGAUUCUGACGCUCAUGAAUCGUUUUCAACAGGGCUCCGCUAUCGCACAACGCUUCUACAACUUCCACCCUGACCGUGUGUGCGGCCUUAUUCUUCUGAACGUGUCCUAUAUGCCUCCGUCACCGGAACCAUUCAAUCUCGACAACGUCCUCGAACUGACUAAGAGUAUCUUCGGCUACGGCACCCACUGGUACUGGAAGCUCUUCACAGCCGACGACGGUGCACAGGUCCUGGACGGGCACCUGGACGCCAUGUGGGACGUCGCACACGGCGAGCCCGAGACCUGGCUCGAGACGCUGUGCUACCCCGAUGGGGUGAGAAACUUUGUUCUGGCCGACAAGAGGCAGCCCACGAUGGCCUACGCAACCGAGGAGCGCAAGCAGAAGUGGAUCGCCUCCAUGAAGGAAGGAGGCUUCGACGCCCCGCUCAAUUACUACCGAUCCAUGGUGUUUGGCGUGCAGCACAAAGCUGACGCUAACAUCCCCAAGGAGAACAUCCCCGUCAAGCGCCCGUUUUUGUUCUGGGGUGGCAAGAGGGACAUGGUCUGCAGGCCCGAGUUGCUCCAGGGAAGUCUGGAUGCCGGUUUGAUCCCAGACAGCACGCAGGUCGUGGUUGAUUCGGGCCACUGGGCUCAUUUGGACAAGCCCAAGGAGUUUGGCGAGGCGCUGGUGGGCUGGCUGAAGGCGAAGUUCUGA